UAGGGAGGCGACAGACAGUAUUUGUGUUCCUUGGAUUGUUACUGCGCAAGCGCAAUUUCGUGAGUCCUUGGAUGAUCCGCCUGCUGUAGGUUACGCAGCCUGUAAAGGGACACAUACAAAAUGCAGAGCUGGAAUCAAGUCUAUCGCACUCUGGCAACGCGGAGCCACCAACUCCCGAAUCGGCUCCAGGGUGCAACUGUUCUCUCCGUCCGAACAUAUGCUGACAAAGCACAGAUUGAUGCUGACGUCACAGUGGUGGGCUCUGGUCCUGGUGGAUAUGUUGCCGCAAUCAAAGCAGCACAGCUUGGUUUCAAGACGGUGUGUGUGGAAAAGAAUCCCACCCUAGGCGGGACUUGUUUGAAUGUCGGCUGUAUCCCCUCAAAGGCCCUGCUGAACAACUCAUAUCUGUACCACCAGGCCCAUGGCAAAGACUUCGAAAGCAGGGGCAUUGAAAUCUCAGGGAUCACGUUGAACCUGGAGAAGAUGAUGUCACAGAAGAGCGGUGCGGUCAAAGCACUGACAGGAGGCAUUGCACAUUUAUUCAAACAGAACAAGGUAACGCACGUGAACGGCUAUGGGAGGAUUACAGGCAAGAACCAGGUGACGGCCACGGCCGAGGAUGGCAGUGAGCAGGUCAUCAACAGCAAUAAUAUCCUCAUAGCCACCGGCUCCGAGGUCACGCCCUUCCCCGGGAUUGAGGUUGAUGAGGACACUGUGGUGUCCUCCACGGGAGCCCUGGAUCUGAAGAAGGUCCCUGAGCAGCUCAUCGUCAUCGGCGCCGGAGUCAUCGGGGUGGAGCUGGGGUCAGUGUGGCAGCGUCUGGGCUCCAAUGUGACAGCGGUGGAGUUCCUGGGCCACGUGGGCGGCAUGGGCAUCGACAUGGAGAUCUCCAAGAACUUCCAGCGCAUCCUGCAGAAGCAGGGUAUUAAGUUCAAGCUGGGCACUAAGGUCAUGGGUGCAAUCAAGAGGCCCGACGGCAAGAUCGAUGUGGCCGUGGAGGCGGCUGCCGGCGGGAAGAACGAGACUCUGACGUGUGACGUGCUGCUGGUGUGUAUCGGCAGACGGCCCUUCACCAGGAACCUGGGCCUGGAGAACGUGGGCCUGGAGCUGGACAACAGGGGACGCAUACCUGUCAACAACCGCUUCCAGACUAAAGUACCCAGUAUCUAUGCCAUUGGUGAUGUGAUUGCCGGGCCCAUGCUGGCACACAAGGCGGAGGACGAGGGCAUCAUCUGCGUGGAGGGCAUGGCUGGGGGUGGCGUGCACAUCGACUACAACUGUGUCCCCUCUGUUGUCUACACACACCCCGAGGUGGCAUGGGUGGGGAAGACGGAGGAGCAGCUCAAAGAGGAGGGCAUCCCAUACAAGGUGGGCAAGUUCCCAUUUGCCGCCAACAGUCGAGCCAAGACCAACGCAGACACUGAUGGCCUGGUGAAGAUCCUCGGCCACAAGGAGACAGACCGGAUAUUGGGCGCUCACAUCCUGGGCUGUGGGGCAGGAGAGAUUAUCAACGAGGCGACGCUCGCCAUGGAGUACGGCGCGUCCUGCGAGGACGUCGCCAGAGUUUGCCACGCCCAUCCCACUGUGUCCGAGGCCUUCAGAGAAGCAAACCUCGCAGCCUCCUUCGGGAAAGCUAUCAACUUUUAACUGCCGUCUUCGCUCACACAGCUGUGUACAUAACCGUUCUGUCCACGACGUCCCCAAACCAGAAAUCUGUCCACAAGCAGCGCACACACUCUAGGAGGGGGACACGGAAUGUACCGUGACCCCUCAACUCCAAUUAAGGGACUCCUCUGUAUACAGGCAUAGAAAACAGACACACCUUGUAUCACAUUAAGUAUGUAAUUUAAAUGUUGUCAAUAAAGGGGUUUGGGUGGUAAAAACGGA